CUCUUUUCGCCUCGUUGUAGCUGGCCUCCUUCCGUUGACCAUCGGCAGCCAUGGCGCUCCGACGAGGAAAUCUCCUGCUGCCCUUGGCCGCGCUGGCGGUCGUGGCGAUGUUGAGCAGCUCCAUGGCUUUCUUGCCAGUGCAACGCGUCCCACCCGCCGCGGCCGCUGUGGCGGCCGCGACGGCGGUGUCCGCGCCGGCCAUGGCAGAGGAAGGCGGUGGAUUGUUGGACUUUGGCAAGGUGGAACUUGGUGGCGGCUUCGCGCUGAACUUGAACAUCCCUGACAUCAACCUGAUCAACAUCUCUAUCCUCAUCGCCGGGCUCUUCUACUUUUUGUCCCCUGUCCUUGGCGAGUCAAUGGCUUCGCGUGAGAAGGAGAUCAAGUCGGAUAUCGAGGAUGCCAUCGCCAAGUACAACGAGGCCACUUCUCGUUUGGCAGAGGCUGAGAAGAACAAGGCCCAGGCUGACCAGGUUGUCAAGGAGAUCAAUGACAGCAUUGCCAAGGACAUUGCCGAGUUCCAAGCAAACCUGAAGGAUCAGGCCCAGAGGAAGAUGGAGGCCCAAGAUAAAGCCCAGGCCAAGAGCCUCAAGGAUCUGGAGGCUCGGACUCAGGAGAGCUUGAAUCAAUUCAUUGACUCGCAGGCCGUAGAGCGAGGUCUCAAGGAGAUCAAAAGCCUCACUGCGGCGCAGAAGUCGAAGUUUAUGGAUGCUGCCAUUGCUUCCUUGUGAGCAGGUUUAAGGGGUCACCAGAGUUAUUGGGUCAACAAAGGAAAAAACAGCUAAGCACCAUUAGGU